AUGCCAGAUGGUAAGAGCUGGCGCCUGGGGCACAGCAAACAGCCCAAGAAGCAGUCCAGGGCUCUUACCCCGCUCAAAGUUGAUGGCGACGUCCCAGCAACUCCUGAAGAUGCCGCCGACCGACGCCGUCAACCCAGCUGGCGAAAGACGCUGCAGGGAAGUAGACCCCAGACUCCGGUAAGUACCCUAACGACAGCAGUCGACGACACGGAAGACACGCAGAGUGAGCGUUCGGAAACACCAGCAACACGCCGGGAUUCCAGGCCCAAGCUCGCGCGAUACACGUCUCUCUUCGCCUCUCUCAAGGAAACUGCCAAAGCACCAGAGUUUUCGGAGCCAUGGGGUGACGAUGCACCGCCGCCGUUCCAGUCGUUUGUCGAUCCGCUGCAGGUGAUGCAAUCGGUACGAUCGCACAUUAUAAACUCAUGCCUGCCAAUACCACUGGAGCAUCACAGCGGCCUGCUCCGUCUGUUCGAGGAAUACCGCAAGAUACGAGAGCAAAAGGAGCGCCUUGAGACAUUGUUGGGACGGACGCUGCAGGACUGGGAACAGGCUGAAAGGUGCUGGAGGCAUUUUGAGGAUCGUUACAAUGCCGAGAUACGGCGGCUGGAGCUGCUCAUAGCCCGCGGCGCGACUGGCAUGGCAGAACUUGUGCAAGCCCGACAGGGAAGCAUUGUGGACCGCAAGCGGAAACAUCGAAAAACGGUCUCGCAGGACAGCUUCCGACGAGACUAUGAAUUCUUUCCUGUCGAGAAGCUUGAUGCAGAAAUCAAGUUGAUGAGCCAGCGAGUGCUUUUGCAUCGGCCAGUAUCACCUUCGGGAAAUAUGGCAGUGCUGUCUAAACGAUUCUCUAACAGCUCGGAAUUGCUGCUGGGCACUCCCCCUGAUUCGAAGAAAACAAAGACACUCUCGCGCAAGGCUCAGAGCGAGCUGAACCUGUCUACGUUUGGCAAAAUCAGGCCGCCUCCUUCUGUUACAGACUCGAUUGCCUCUGCCUUUUCAGGGGGGUCUGGCGAUGCACUGCCGGAUGAGACAUCGGUUGCUAGUCAGCCCGGCAUGGAUCCAGCAACUGAAUGCAAUGCACUGUUUGCUCUGCGUGAGCUUGGGACACUGGUGGCAAGACGACGAGGAUUACAGCCGGAAAGCUUCAAUCACGGGCUCAUGAUGUUAUUUUCACAGGCAAGGCCAGCAGAAGGCGUGGUUGUACCGGGCGAGGAGAAGAAGGCAGAUGCAGCGAUUCAAGACGCAAGUGUCAAGAGUCCGUCGUUGGAACAGUCUACGACACAGGCCCGUACGGUAAGGAAGUUCCAAUCACAGCCUCAGCCCAAUACGCAACAGAAGCAUCACCGACAGUUUUCUUUCGAGCCUGGAGCAGACCAGCUCCAAGCGCUUACUGAGGAAGCACCGCCACGUGAUGUCGGUUCACGCGACGACGAGUCUGAAAACUCGGACGCACCGCUUAUCAUUCACGCCGGCCGGCAGACGGAAGAUUCAGCAUCGACGUCUCUGACCGGCUCGUGCCAAAACCUGAGCGCCGACUUUGCCAAGCCGUCCAAAAUCCCGAGUCCAGUGCAGAGCCUGGGCCGCAGUCGCAAGGAGAGUUCGGCGUCGAGCCUGCCGUCCGUGUACGCGCGAUCUCAAGAUACCAGUCGCCGCGGGUCGAGUUCCAGUGUGCUUACUGCGUUUCGGGAAAACGCGAGCGGCAGCGUACGACCACGGGCGCAGAGCAGGAAUAGUUCGAUGCAGAGCUUGCAUGCAACGACGGGGCCGCUGGCAGGAGCAAAGGAGCACUAUGGUAGUAUAGGGCUUCGCAAUCAUAAGAUUGCUACAACGGCGGCAGCAACAUCAGCAGCAGCAGCAGCAGCAGGCGGCAGCACAGGCAGCACAGGCAGCAUAGUCAGCAAUGGACAGCAGGCAUCGGGUGCAGAAACAGAUGGGCGCAAGGCCAUGACGUGGCGAGCAAAUGAGGAAGCAAAGGCUUAAAUGAAGUGGAGAAGAGAGAUUUCGAGUCCGCGGAGGAAGAUGUGGAAGAGGUGUCAUGGAGAGGAGGUGUUGAUGUGGAUGAGGGAUUUUCGGCGUGAGCGAUGGAACAUGGAUGCCG